ACCAAGGACAGUUUAUUUAUCAGCGUGUUGUUUGCUUGGUUCAGCCCUCUUUUUGAAAACUAUUUCAAACAUGCUUUGCAGAGUUGGUCAGAUACGCAGGUGUGCAGCCAGCCUCAACCAAAGCAUAAAUCAGAUAGCUGCAUCAAGGCAGAAGCACACGCUUCCUGACCUGACUUAUGACUAUGGAGCCCUGGAGCCUCACAUAUGUGCAGAGAUCAUGCAGCUGCACCACAGCAAGCAUCACGCCACAUAUGUCAACAAUCUCAAUGUCGCCGAGGAGAAAUAUCAGGAGGCUCUUGCAAAAGGAGAUGUCACUGCACAAGUUGCCCUCCAGCCUGCUUUGAAGUUUAAUGGAGGAGGCCACAUUAACCACACCAUCUUCUGGACAAACCUGUCUCCCAAUGGUGGAGGUGAGCCGCAAGGAGAACUAAUGGAAGCCAUCAAACGGGACUUUGGCUCCUUCCAGAAGAUGAAGGAGAAGAUGUCCGCUGCUACAGUGGCCGUGCAGGGCUCAGGCUGGGGAUGGCUGGGUUACGAAAAGGAGAGCGGAAGACUUCGCAUUGCUGCGUGUGCUAAUCAGGAUCCCCUGCAGGGGACGACAGGUCUAAUUCCCCUCCUCGGCAUUGAUGUAUGGGAACAUGCCUACUAUCUUCAGUACAAAAAUGUGCGACCUGACUAUGUGAAAGCUAUCUGGAAUAUAAUCAACUGGGAGAAUGUGAACGACCGUCUGCAGAUUGCUAAAAAGUAGAUGUCAAUACUUAAAACAUCCCUUACAGCACCCUUUAUUAUGACCUGGAUCAAAGAGUAAAUACUCUGUGAGUCAGCUCUGCUCCCAGACGUCUGUCAAAGCGCACAAACGACGACAACUUUCUGCUCUCAAAGCUGACUUCUGCUAAUCACAACCCAAUAGUUGGUGCUGAGAUGUGAGCCGUGUCUGUCCAAAUAAAAGACACUAUCAGAUAAAGUCAGUGCAGUCCCGUGUUUUUCAUGUAUUGUAAUAAAAUAGGAUUGCAACUGUA